GUCAAUUUUCCGUAUCAGGUACUUAUAGAUACACGGAUAUCCGAUAUUCACCUACCGCCGUUGACAAAUCUCUAUCAGCCUUGCCUGCGUCCUGUUUAUUCUCAUACGCUAUGUCAGUGUUUUGGUCAUGAUACUCAGUAAUUAUGGAUACUUCGCCACCGGCUUUACCCAACAAACGUGUCAACAUUACUAUCUCGCGGCGCCUGCCUUCAAAGUUAUGCAAUCUAUGGUAUCACAGGUCAUCCUGGGUGUUAGGACAUUUAAUAUCGCAGGGAGAAACAAGAGGCUAGGAAGUGCACUGCUGCUGCUAUACCUCAUCAUCGUUUCGGUGCAAUGGUUCACCAAUCUAUAUCACCGGAUCCCUGUCGUUGUUGAAGGAAACUGCACCCCGGUAAAUUCUGGCAAGCAAUUGUCUGCCUGGCUCUACUACCUCGUCGUGAUGUUGUAUGACCUCGUGAUGUUGACAAUUUCCACCAUACAUCUUCUGCGCUAUAAUCCUCUCAGCAGCAGAGUAAGUCGAUUGGUACGAGUCCUGAUAUAUGACGGUAUUGGAUAUUUUAUCGUGCUGUCAGCGACGAACCUAUUGAACCUCAUUAUUUAUCAUACCGAUGCCGAGACUCAGUCGGCGGGGGCAUCACUGGGUUAUGCUGUAACAUGGAUUAUGAGCCAACAGAUCCUCAUACAUAUACGAGAAAUGUCAGAGCCAGACCCUCGACGCCUCGAAAAUGUGGUUGUCGCGCGUCCCACCACACACAGCAGUGCGCGGAAGAACGUGAUGUCCGGUCUCCGCUCACAGUUCGAAUCUAAAGGCCACUCUAAAAACUCUAAAAGUCCCAUUGGUCUAGAGUUUCCGCCCAUAUCAUCUCGCAAUGGGCAUCCCGAAGACGUGGAACUUGACGUACGUGUAUGCACCGACCGCUCGGUGAAGGUAGACUAUGGCUGUGACGAUUCAAGCUCGUGGGAUAAGCCGACGACCAAAUGAAUCUGGAGGCACUAGUGCUUAUCAAGUCAUACCCGUGUUCGGUGCUACUAGUAUUGUCAGAAGUGCUCUGUUUGCGCAGGUUGCAUACAGGAUACGGAAACGGGAACUAAACAAAGCGGUUUCAGCGGUGGAGUUACGGUCAAGGGGCUAGUUAAUGUAUUACUUUUGAGUUAUGUCGCUGUAUAUGUACGCAUCUGCAUUAAUAUUGUUACCAGGGUACUGUCGGUGUACUUAUC